AGUGGGAGGAAGUAAAUAAAUAAAAAGGGAGCAUGGGGAAGUCUCAGAGACGUGAAAAGCAUUUACUAGGGUCUACCAGCGGCAGCGGCAACGGCAACGGCUUCUCCCUGUUCGCUCCUGCCCUCAACCUCACUAGUUUCUCAUCUCCUCGUCCGUUUCACCCCUUCCAUAGCAUCUAUUCCCCGAAAUACCGAGCAAUUAGUCACGAAUGUCCGCCAAAUCCCCCGUCUUCCCAAUGCCAGAGCCUCAGCACUUCAGUGACUAUGGCUUUGACCCCCAGAUUGAUUAUUUUCAGGUGCUGGAAGAAGCCAUGAAGCACAAGCGCGAGACUGCAAGAUCCAUAGACUCCAUACACUUCAAGCUGCAGAAACCCAUCUCUAAGGACGAGUCCGGCAAGAUUCACAAGCCCAAAAGGAAGCGCUGGUGGAAAACUGCUCUCCUCUUCUUCAAAUGGAGGCGCGCUCAUCAACAACGGCGAGAUGUGGAUGACGACGUCCACCGGGCCAGGGCUCGCGCUUUCAGGGCCUCCUUGUCGGGACCCGUGUACUUGACGGAGAGCAGGAGCGGGUCGACCACACCAUACCUGCCCACCAGCAGGCCAUCUUCGGGUCCGCUGGCCAAGGGCGAGCUGGAUAUACCUUAUCUGAGUCUCCGGCAACUCACAAUGGAGCAGCAGCAGAGGAUGUCCACCUCGGCCGUGCCCUUAUACUUGGUCACUUGAGCAACCGCUCGCCGCUUUCGAACUAGCUGUUUAACCGUGUCUACAGCAACUAAUUGUAGCUAUCUAUUCAGGGGAAAUGGGUUAAAUUUAUGAUGUGGGCCGUGGAUUUAUUCUCUGUCUGGUUUUUUAUUUUUUAUUUUUGAAAUUUCGAUUUUGGCUUUUGGAUCCACUGGAGAAUGGAUGGAUCCUCCUCCUCGUCCCUGUGGGAUUCAAGUGUUGGUUACUUGAAUUUUUGAGGAGAGAGAUGCUAGUAAUAUCGGGUUCUCUCUGAUCAAAGUCUGGUGAUGAGUAUAAAAAAGGGGGAGAAAUAUUUGAGUAUGGAAAACGGAAAAUAAGGGAGAUGGAAAAACAGGACAAAGACGAUAGCAGGAGGGUGGGACCCCAUGGGGGCAUGUAAAACCACCAGGAAAGAAAGGCCACAGGACCCGACCAGUGCCCCACCCCGUCCCAACGGCGACGUUUCAAGAUGGAGUAAUAGAAGUGUCAAAACUCAAAAGGCGAGCGGCGAGCCAUACUUCAGUUCAGUGUUCAGAAUUCAGAGGGAGACGUGAAAGCAGAACGACAACGAGUGCUCAGGGACUGAUGGAAUUUCAGAGCGAGAGUCCCUGAACCCGGGACGGUCAUAGGUCAUAGCAUAGGCACCCGAUGACGAUGUCGCAACGGAGGAGGGUAAACAACUAAACAUGCAGUGUGGGCCAACUUUAUUAAUAAUAGAUUGUUAAUAUUGAUAUUAA